ACAGUCCAACGAUUUGGACUUUGCGUCGCACGACUCUUUGGGGCUCUCCACCACCACUCCCUCCCUCCGUCCCCCGCCCGCUCUCCGUCUCACUGCCCACUCCCCACCCGCGCGCCGCCGCGGCGAUGGACUCGCUCCGCCUCCGGCCGUCCUCGCUCCGCUCCGCGCCCGGCGCCGCCGCCGCCGCCCGCCGGCGAGAUCAUAUUCUACCAUCAUUCUGUUCCAUCCAACGAAAUGGUGAAGGGCGAGUUUCUUUGUCCAUCCAAGCGUCCAAAGGCCCUACUGUUGACCGUUGUAAAAAAUUCUUGGAUUGGAAAUAUUCUAACUAUAGGAUAGCACAUCAAUCGCUAAAUACUUCUGCAAAUGCUGGUCAAUCACUACAGCCUGAAACUGAAGCACACGAUUCUGCAAGCAUCUGGAAGCCAAUAUCAUCUUCUCUGGAUGCGUUUUACAGGUUUUCUCGGCCACAUACCAUCAUAGGAACAGCACUAAGCAUAGUCUCAGUUUCCCUACUAGCUGUCGAGAGCUUAUCUGACAUUUCUCCCUUGUUCCUCACUGGUUUGCUGGAGGCAGUGGUGGCCGCUCUUUUUAUGAACAUCUAUAUUGUUGGAUUGAAUCAGUUGUUCGACAUUGAAAUAGACAAGGUUAACAAGCCAACUCUUCCACUAGCAUCUGGGGAAUACUCUCCUGCAAUGGGAGUUGCAAUAGUGUCAGUAUUUGCUGCUAUGAGCUUUGGCCUUGGAUGGGUUGUUGGAUCACCACCUCUGUUUUGGGCUCUUUUUAUCAGCUUUGUUCUUGGAACUGCUUAUUCAGUCAAUCUGCCGUACUUUCGAUGGAAGAGAUUUGCUGUUGUUGCAGCACUCUGCAUAUUAGGAGUGCGUGCGGUGAUUGUUCAACUGGCAUUUUUUCUCCACAUUCAGACAUUUGUUUUCAGAAGGCCGGCAGUCUUUUCGAAGCCAUUGAUAUUUGCAACUGCCUUCAUGACAUUCUUCUCAGUUGUAAUAGCAUUAUUCAAGGAUAUACCCGAUAUUGAAGGGGACCGCAUCUUUGGAAUUCAAUCUUUUAGUGUUAGAUUAGGUCAAAGCAAGGUUUUCUGGACUUGUGUUGGUCUACUUGAGGUUGCCUACGGUGUUGCGAUACUGAUGGGGGUAACUUCUUCCAGUUUGUGGAGCAAAUCUCUAACUGUCGUGGGCCAUGCAAUCCUCGCCAGCAUCUUGUGGAGCAGCGCACGGUCCAUCGAUUUGACAAGCAAAGCUGCGAUAACAUCCUUCUACAUGCUCAUCUGGAGGCUGUUCUACGCGGAGUACCUGCUCAUCCCUCUGGUGAGAUGAGGACCGACAAGCAGCCCCACGGAAGAACUUGAGUGCCGGAGUAAAGCUGUGCGAAUCCAUUUGAAUUUCGGAUGGUCACGGACCGCGCCCAAUAAAACUCCCCGAGCCUCGCCCCGGUACAUCGUUGAUUUUCCAGCCAUGGAUGGUGGGAUCACCUAGAUGGACAACCUCCCCAUGUACCCGAGCUGGGCCAGGUGAGCUUUAGUUAGUUGAUGCUAGCAACAACUCCUGCAGCAGGCACGCGGCUGCCUGGAAAAUAAGGCUCCCCACUCCCAAUUACAUUCUGUUGUACGUUUUAGAACUUGUGAAUUUUGCUCUGGUCCAUUGUUGUCUAGGAUGUUUGGAACAUUGCGCAGGGUUUCUUAAAUCUUACCGGGAGGGGUGAAUUGGCAAAA